AUGGAUCAGAAGAGAAAGGAGUUCCUUGAGUUGAAGCAAGGUAGAAUGACAGUAACUCAAUACGGGCGUGAGUUUGUGAGACUUAGCAAAUACGCUCGAGAAUGUGUGUCGACUGAAGCCAUUAUGUACAAGAGGUUUGAGGACGGAUUAAACGAAUACAUUCAGAUGUUUGUUGGUAUGCUUGAACUGAAAGAGUUCGUGGUACUAGUCGAAAGAGCUUGUACGGCUAGGGAAUUGGCCAAAGAGAAGAGAAAAGCUAAGUCUAAGGCUAGAGACUCAAGGAAAAGGCCUAUGAGCAAGUCAUUUCAGUCUACAUCAAAGAAGUUUAGGGAUUUCAAUUCUCGCUCUCAUGAUUUUGUUGGGUUCCCGAACAGAAAUAAAGAUAAACAUUACUUGGGUACUAAGGCCCAGACCACCUCGAUUGCUACUAUGGUGGGUAAUGGUCGGCCAAGUAGGCUGGAAUGUCCACAUUGUUCUCCAGACCACUUUAUUAGAGAGUGCCCCAAGAUGACAGAGAAUGAGAGAUAUCAAAGUGCAAGAUCGAGUAACACUGCUGGCCAUGGUAGACCCCAGAAAAAUCUGGGUAAUAGAGCAAGCAGUAAAAGUGCCCCUAAAGAGUCUACUGUGAGACCCAAAGGCAGAGCUCCUGCAAGGACAUACGCCAUUCGCGCUCGUGAAAAGGCUUCAUCCCUGAAUGUGAUUAUUGGUACAUUCUCUAUCUAUGAUACUACUGUUAUUGUUUUGAUUGAUCUGGGAUCUACCCAUUCCUAUAUUUGUAUGAAAUUGGUGUCUAGUAUGAGCAUGCUUGUUGAGCCUACUAAAUUUAUGAUAAAAGUUUCAAACCCGUUAGGCAAAUGUGUGCUAGUUGACAAAGUAUGUAGGAAUUUCCUUUUGAUGAUUAGAGGACACUGUUUUCCGGCUAACCUCAUGCUUUUGCCAUUUGAUGAGAUGUAA